AUGGGCUACGAGAAAGAUGCGGCGCCGGUCUCGCACCAGAUAGAAGCGUACCCAGCCGCGUCCAACGAAAAUCCUGAAGACCUGGCCGGCCAGCAUCUACUGCCAGCCCCAAGCAAUGAUCCGAAAGAUCCCUUGAACUGGCCAAUGGCACUCAAAAUUCUGGUACUCAUCCAAGUCUCGCUUCUAUCUUCCCUAGGCGGAAUCAAUACAGCCAUGAUCAACCCAGCCUAUGUUCCCAUGGCCAAAGAACUCCACAUCAGCACCAUCAGAGCUAGCUACCAAACUACAGUCUGCAUAGCUCUAGCCGGAGUCGCGCCAUUUCUCUGGGUGCCACUGUCGAACAAAUACGGUCGGCGACCCGUGCUUUUAGGAACUACGCUCUUAGCCUUCGUUUCUAUACUCGGAUCCGCUUAUGCAAAAACGUUCAACCAACUCAUUGCUGCUCGAGUUCUCAAUGGUUUGUUUCCUGCCGUUUUUGCGCUGGGGCCUGCUGUCGUUGUGGAUAUGUUUUUCGUCCAUCAGCGAGGCAGAGCCAUGGGAGUCUUUACUGUCACUACUGUCAACGGAUCUCACAUCGCUCCCCUACUGGGUGGCCCUAUAGGCCAAUAUCUCGGUUGGAGAUGGUGCUUCAAGUUUGGUGCGAUCUGUGACGGUGUCAUGUUUUUCAUCGUUCUAUGCUGUCUACCAGAAACGCUCUAUGUUCGACCGGAGGCAGAGUCACAACGACAUCAUCCCAAACCGAAGUACAGUAAGAUAGCCUUCCUCGACGGUCUCAAAAUCCGAGACCGAACACCAGAUACUCCCCUCCGUUGGAACCACUUCGUUCUCCCCGUAUUCAGAUUGGCAGGUAAAUCCCGCGUCGUCUAUCCGGCCCUCUAUUAUGCGACGCAAUACGGUUUUGCGUCCAUCCUGCCCGCCGUCACUGUUGCGAGUAUCUUCAGCAAAGAGUUCAAAUGGGAUACUCUCCAGAUCGGGCUCGGCUACGGAGGUGCAUUGACCAUUGGCGGGUCAUUGGGAGAGCUUGCUGCGGGACUGGUCCUCGACUCGAUCGUCAAAACGAGGAUGAGGAAGACUGUCCGUUUUCAGCCAGAGAUCCGCUUGCAGGCGAUAUGGCAUGGGGAGAUUCUCGUGCCUACCGGUUUGUUGAUCUAUGGGUUUACAAUGCAGGACAAGACAUCGUGGGUGGGACCGCUCAUGGGAAUGGGCAUCGCGGCUUUUGGCCUCCAAGUCAUCACCACGACCUGCUACACCUACGCAACAGACUGCCACCGCGAACAGAGCAACGACGUCGCUCAGCUUUUCAACUUUAUCCGCCAGACUUUCGGCUUCACUUUCGCCUUCUAUGCCGUAGAUCUGUGCGAUAGCAUUGGAUACCAAUUCACAUUUCUGUUGUUUGCUAUCCUUGGAAGCGUCUUGGCUUUCAUACCAAUUCUAGGUCUUAUCGGGAGGGCGAAACGUCAAUUGAGGGAAAGGAAGAGCGGCGUAGUCGAGAGGGUAGCGCUAGCCUUGAUGGCUAUGGCUAAAGAGGAAGCCGCAGCUCCCCACAGGGCGGACGAAGUGUGA